AUGGGAGAUAGACUUCCUCAGAUUUUUCUGGUGGAAGGACGGAGAUCUCUCGCAAGAGCCACGCGAAUAUCACAUGACAAUUGGAGUAAAGGUCCUGCGUUUCUGUGGACAGAAGAGAGCGAAUGGCCUGAGAACAAGGCCGCUGAAGAAGAUGUUCAAGGCAUUAAAAGUGAUGAGACUACUACCUAUAUCGUCCCAUCCCAAGCAUCCACUGACAAAGAAGACAUCGUCCGACGUUUCGGCAAGAUAUCGAGUUGGCAUAAGCUCAAAGCCGCAGUUUCUUGGAUUAGAAGACUAGGAACAAAACGUGAAGAGCUUCAAGAAAAUGCAAACGGGUUAAGACCCUUAACAGUGUCAGAGGUACAAGAAGCAGAGAUCAAGAUUCUGAAGAUCAUCCAGGAAGUUUCCUUUAGAGAAGAGAUCGCCGUUUUGAGCAAUCAAUUUACAGCUCACGACAACACAAAGAUCAAGAAAUCAAGUCCUUUGUAUCGUCUAGACCCAUCCUUUGGGAAUGAUGGACUGCUUCGCGUCGGAGGUAGACUAAGGAAAUCAGAUGAACUCUCAGACGAGUGUAAGCACCCCAUUAUCCUGCCAAGAAAAGGGCAUGUAACUAGGCUGAUCGUUCUUGAUGCUCAUCGCAAGGUCGCACAUGGAGGAAGAGGUAUGACGUUAAAUCAAAUUAGAAGUCGCUGGUGGAUCCCGAAAUGCAACUCCGUAGUCAGAUAUAAUAUCUCUCGCUGUGUUUCAUGUCGCCGCCUUCGAGGCAAGGUUUCAGAACAGAAGAUGGCUGACUUACCUAGAGACCGCGUAACGCUUGCUUGGCCCUUUACAUUCUGUGGGGUCGAUUACUUUGGCCCGUACAUAAUCAAAGAACGACGAAAAAAAUUCAAGAGGUACGGUGUCAUUUUCUCCUGCAUGGCGACAGAUACCUUAGAUACAGACUCCUGCAUCAACGCAAUCAGACGCUUUGUGGCAAGAAGAGGACCAAUCCGUCAGAUAAUGGAAUUUUAUGGGAAGCGAGAGAGAACUACGCCGCGCUUUAGAAGAGAUGGAAGAUGGAAGAUAAGAAGAUCGGGGAGUAUGUCAGAAGCCAGUUUGAGGCGGAUUGGAUAGUAUGGAAGAAGAGUCCCCCAACAGCGUCCCAUAUGGGAGGAUCAUGGGAAAGGCAGAUCUGCUCUGUGAGAUCUAUAUUUGCAGCCCUUCUGAAGGAGCAAGGUCACGCCUUGGAUGCCGAAUCUCUACGAACCCUUAUGGCAGAGUAUGAGUGCAUCAUCAACAGCAGACCGCUCACUCAUAUGUAUGAUGACCCUGAAGAUCUAACGCCUCUGACGCCAAAUAACAUAUUAACAAUCAAGACGAAGCUGGUAAUGCCACCGCCUGGGAGCUUCCAAAGACCAGACCUGUACCUCAGAAAACGAUGGCGUCGCGUGCAGUAUCUCACGGAGUUAUUCUGGUCGAGAUGGAAGAAAGAAUAUCUGCAAAACCUCCAGAAACGACACAAAUGGUGUGAUACCAAAAGAAACAUCGCAGUCGGAGACAUUGUCCUGCUCGCUGAUGACGACACGCCAAGAGGUCACUGGAAGCUAGCAAAAGUGAUCGAAGUGAAACCUGAUGACAGAGGAUUGGUGAGAUCAGCAAGAAUCAAGACAGCAACCACUACACUGGAGAGACCCGUUCACAAGCUCGUAUUGUUGCUGGAACACGAAGACAGCACUGACGAAUCAAGGAAGCGCGAUGACAGCACUGAGGCAGGAUCGCACUAGAUCGAGACCAGGGAAUUCCCCAUCGGGGAGCCUUUGAACACUGUAACUCACAAAACGUAGUAUAGACAAGCAUAAGAAAAGUAAGAGUCCCGUAGACUCUUAAGGGAGCCAGAUAUUACUGCGACAUUCCGCAGCAUUUAAUAUAAAUAGCAUUUUUUUUCUCUUUGCUUAUUUUCCAUUUGUUUAUUUUGCGUUCACACAUUCUUAGUAUAAAUCAAUGUAAAUUACCGUCGAUUUAAGCACAGUUCACCGGUCUGAAAGAGCUCACAUCAUUUAUAAGUAUCUCGUUCCGUUUAUUUGCUAGCAUUCGUAAAAUUAUCUGUAUACGUAACGUCGCCGUACUUUGUAGAACAUUCAGCCUGCUUGUAACUUGUUUGUAUUAAGCUAUUUUCCUGUUGUUUAUCGCAGCAACCGUCAUUAUCGUCACUAUCGUCAUUACCGACAUACCGUCAUCACCGUUAGUACCGUCUCAAUGGCAGAUAAGUUGUUAAAUAAAAUCGUCCGUGUUACAGUUA